CAUUGCAUGUCGUAAACUGUUUCAACUGUCUUACUGCUUCAAAAAGGAUGGAUUUAAAAAUAGAAAUGUAGAUUAAAAUUAGAAGAAAACUAGAAUAACAGAAAAACAAAUCCAAAAUGUUGUAUAAGGAAGGCAAAAUUGCUUUACUCAGCUUUCUUCUAUCGUUUUCGAUCUCGAUUCUACCCGAAGUACUUUUGAGGUUAGAAUUUGAUUUGCACCGACAGUAUUUCGAAAAUAUUUGGAUAUUACACCUAGUUCAGUACGCCCUCCUAAACUUCCUGACGAUAAUCGCACUUCGUGGAUUCUCUUAUCAAGUUGCUGUGAGAGCAGCAUUUUUAGGAUACGCAUUCGGUGUUGGCAUUCUAAUUUUUACGACAGCGCCUCCGUCAUGGCAAAUGUUUGGAAUUUACGUGACUUUCCUCUCAUUUUUCCAUUGCUCCGAAUUUAUCGUCAUCGCCUGGACAAAUCCAAAAGAAAUUUCGACGGAUAGUUUUAUACUUAAUCAUAGUCUUGCCUAUGGGAUAGCGGCGUGUUCGAGUUGGGUGGAAUUCUUAGUGGAAAGAUAUUAUUUUCCUGAGUUGAAGGAACCUUCUGUAAUUUCGUAUUUUGGAUUUAUCGUGUGUUUUUGCGGAGAGGUUUUGAGGAAACUGGCGAUUCUUACUGCGAGGCAUAAUUUUAAUCAUGUGGUCCAAAAUAAAAAAAUGAAUGACCAUGAACUCGUCACUUAUGGGGUUUAUGGGCUCUUUCGACACCCAAGUUACGUGGGAUGGUUUUAUUGGUCCAUGGGCACUCAGUUAAUUCUUCAGAAUCCGUUCUGCUUCCUCGCUUACACAGCAGCAUCCUGGCGAUUUUUUCAUGACCGAAUUUUUGUUGAGGAAGUAACACUUCUCAGUUUCUUCGGGGAAGAGUACAUCGAAUACCAGAAUAAAGUUGGUACAGGUCUGCCGUUUAUUUCUGGCUACAAAAUAGAUUUAUAGCCGAGAGUCGAUGUUUAAUUUGAGAUAAAAUAAUUUACAGAGCAAUAAUAUUCAAAUACGUUAAUUAAUUUAACGUUUUAUUGCACCCUCUGUUUUCGCGACUGACAAACUUAUAUAGAAUACGGGUUUAUAAACAAUAAGAGAUUUUAAAUUAAUUAAUAUUGUUAAGUAAUCUGUAAAAAUAAUAGUUCACUCAUUAGUUAUUACGAAAAAUUACAUUCUAGUCACUCAAGAAAGUGGUAUUUUUGUUAAAAAUAGUAAAGCUGUCUCUAAUGUAUAAUAUACUGAUACUUAAUAUUAUUAUCAUAGAAAUAAUAUCCUCGCCUAUGAUUUUGUUUGAAUAAUCAGUUUUAUAUUUAUCUAAAAUUAAAAAUAAAACCCAAUUACUGUUUUUUUAGCAAA